CACAAUUAUUAGCGACGAUCAUCAAAAAAAUUUAUGACAAUAUCUGAUAUGUAAUAUUGCUGGACUAUAAACUCAGUAAUUUUUUCAUAAUACCUUAGUCUUAUUUGUGCAAUAUUACACGUUAAAAAAUGUCAGAACUGGAUGGAAAUACAAUUUUAAGCCAAGCUUUGAAAGAGCAGGGAAUUGAAUAUGUAUUUGGCAUUAUUGGCAUACCUGUCAUUGAAUUAUCAAUGUCUAUGCAAGCCGUGGGCAUUAAAUAUAUUGGCAUGCGGAAUGAACAGGCUGCUUGUUAUGCAGCUCAAGCUAUUGGAUACUUAACUGGUAAGCCUGGAGCAUGCUUAGUAGUUUCCGGUCCUGGUCUAUUGCAUUGUUAUGGUGGCAUGGCUAAUGCCCAGGUCAACUGUUGGCCAAUGCUUGUCAUUGGUGGCUCAACAUCACAAGAUCAUGAAGGAAUUGGAGGUUUUCAAGAAUGUCCACAAGUAGAACUAAGUAGACCAUAUUGCAAGUAUUCAGCGAGGCCUCCAAGUGCUUUACUUAUACCAAUGCAUGUUGAGAAAGCCGUGAGAUGUGCUACAUAUGGCAGACCAGGAGUGUCAUACUUAGAUUUUCCAGGCACUUUACUUACGAGUCGUGUUGAAGUUUCUGCUCUACCUCCUCAAUAUGCUCAUCCUGUUCCACCACUUUGUAAUCCUGAUCCACUAAGUGUUUUGGACGCUGCGAGAUUAUUAUCAGAAGCAGAAAGGCCUCUCAUUAUUGUUGGAAAAGGGGCAGCCUAUGCUAGAGCUGAAAAAGCCAUAACUGAUUUGAUACAACAAUGCAAUUUACCAUUUUUGGCAACACCCAUGGGAAAAGGUGUUACUCCAGACACAGAUGCACGAUGUGUCGCUCCAGCAAGAAGCUUGGCUCUUCAGAAAUCUGAUGUGAUUUUACUUCUUGGCGCGCGUAUGAAUUGGAUUCUUCAUUUUGGAAGACCGCCAAGAUUUUCCAAAGAUGUGAAAAUAAUACAGGUUGAUAUAUGUGCUGAAGAACUGCAUAAUAGUGUUAAAUCUACUGUUGCUGUACACUCAGAUAUAUUACCAUUUGUUGAACAAUUGGGAAAAAAACUUGCAGAGAAAAAAUUCAAAUUUUCUGGAGAAUCACAAUGGUGGAAAGAUUUGGGAAAAAAAUGCGAAAUUAAUAAAACUAUUGUUCAGAAAUUAUCUUCAGACACCAGCGUUCCAUUAAAUUACUAUACUGUUUUUCACCAUAUACAAGAAAUAUUGCCAAAAGAUUGCAUGAUUAUCAGUGAAGGGGCAAACACAAUGGAUAUAGGCAGAUCGAUGCUGCCAAAUAUAUUACCAAGGCACAGAUUGGAUGCUGGCACUUUUGGAACUAUGGGGGUGGGACCUGGAUUUGCUAUUGCUGCUGCAUUUUGGUGCAAAGAUUACGCGCCAGAAAAAAAAGUGAUUUGCGUCGAAGGUGAUUCAGCAUUUGGGUUUUCCGGAAUGGAGGUGGAAACAAUGUAUCGCUACAAAUUACCUAUCACUAUAAUUAUUGUUAACAAUAAUGGCAUUUAUGGUGGUUUUGAUAAAGAUACCAUGAAUAUAAUGCAGGCUUCUGGUGAAAUUAGUCAAACAACACCUCCUUCAGCACUGACUGCUGAAACUCAUUAUGAAAAUAUUAUGGGACUUUUUAAUGAAAAGGGACACUUUUGUACAACAAUACCAGAGUUGCAAGAAGCACUCAAUAUUAGUCUAAAAUCAGUGGAUAAACCAAAUGUAAUUAACGUCAUGAUAAAUCCAUCGGCUGAUAGGAAACCUCAAAGUUUUAAUUGGCUCACAGAAUCAAAGUUAUAA